AUUUUGUGAUGCCGGGGAUUGUAACUGCCCUGCUGCGAUUGUUUUUGUUUUGGGGUGAGGGUUGUGUGUUGUUGUGUCUUGCCUGCCCAGCGUGCGCGUCAUCACCACUCGGGCUGUGUCGCACCCACCAGCCAAAGCAAGGGGCAGAGAAGGCAUUCAGCAGGCAGGCAGCAGGUGCUUGACUGUCUCGCACUCGCGGUGUCUUUCUCGUGUCAUCCGUCCAACCAACCAACCAACCAACCAACAAACCACAAAGAGCAGCCCUGACAGGAGCGCAGAGUCGCAAGUAACAACAAGCAAGUGACAACAAGCAAGUGACUGACAACAGCAAGUGAUGGGCCAGCGGCAGUCCACCCUGGAACAGCGGGUGCAGGCAGACGGGACGACAGUGACCGUGGCACCCGCUUUCUACUUUGGGAGCUUGGACGAUUUCCACGUGCCCACCACGACCUCUGCCACGUCUGCUGCGUCCAGCAGUGGCGCCAGUGGCCUCGGUAGCCAGCCAGCAAGUGCAUCGGCGUCUCCUGCGCGACGUGCGCGCCGGUCACGCGCCGCUUCAUCUGGCGCCUCCGACGAUGCCCCUCGCCCACGCAGUUUAUCUGUCGUUAACGCCAGUGGCGUUGAGAUGAAGGCAAAGCACCUGCUGGACCGUGAAAUCAAACACAGACAGCGCACAGUCAUCAAGGCGCAGCUGCAGAUGACACCAACGCAGAUCAUCAUCAAGAACGAGGCGCAUCGAACACCCAUUGACUUUGUUCCGUUGCAGGGCACCACCAGCAUCCACGUGUUUGGCGUGCGUAGCCUGCUGUACUACGGAGGAACGCCAGAACGGCCCAUCUCGCAAAGCCAUCUCAUCGUGUUCCCAAACAAGGCCAUUGCACAGGCCGUCGAGACUUAUGUCAUCAACGCUACGCGCCAGAACGCCGCGCACAUGGACCAGCCCACACCGCCACACUCCGUCAGCAGCAUGGGCAGCAGCAUGGCCGCCGGGGACAGGUACCCGGUACUCGAGGCCUCGGGCCCGCCGUACAAGCACACAGCAACGGCGGCGUGGAUGGAGGUGCCCGUACACGACGACGACGAGCAGCAGCAGCGCAAGCAGCGCAGCGACCGCAGCAGCACCAGCACAGCCAGCUCCAACAGCAUCGUGUUGGAUCCACGCGAUGGCAGUGGUACCGCCCCCAACGGCAAUCACCAUCACCACGACACGACGACCAACGCGAUCGUGGGUGUGGACGGUGCCAUGCCGACACCGCCGCCAACAUCACCGGGCAGCAGCGCAGCCACCAAGACGCGGCCCGGCCAGGAGGGGCGGCAGGAGCAGCAGAACGGGGGGCGACACGGCGACAAUGGAGGUUCGAACGAUGAUGGCAGCGCUAACAGCAGCAGCAGCGCGCGCACGAGCGUCGCGAGCGUGGCAUCCAACACCGCGUCCACCCCCACAUGCAUGCACGCAUCGUUUUCGUCGUCAGUGCCGUACACGGAUCAGAGCCGCGUUGCAGAUGCACAGCGUCGAGACAGCCGGCCCAGCACUGUUGAUGUAGAGGCAAUCACAGCAGCAGCAGCAGCAGCAGCAGCAACAACACACCGAACAGCCACGACCCAGCCGCACGUGCGCGUGAGCGACCACGACAUUGAACAGGGGCUCAAAGCGUGUGGUGAUGGCGAUGGUGGCGAUGGUGAUGAUGCCGUUACCGCAGAUUCCACACACGCGUCGUCUGCAGCAUGCGUGGAUCGUGCAGGUUGGGCGGGCCAGACACAUCGCGACGGUUUGCACAUGGCAAACGACCGGGAUAGCACUCAAGCCAUUCACGACAAAAAAAGCAACACCACCACCACCACCAACACCAACAACAACAACAACGACAACAACAACACCAACAACAACAACAACAGUGACGGCAGCAGCCAUCUUGCUGCCCCAGAGCAGCAGCACCUCACUGGAGGCAAACGACCGGCGCGCGUGAGUUUGAUUCCUGCGCAUCUGCCGAGUGUAUCUGUUGGUGGCGCCAUGCUGGGCAGCUUCGAGGCGGUGCUGCUUGGUGUUGUGCACGCGCGCGCCGUGCCCUCGCCGCAUCUGGGCCAUGUUGCCCACAUGUGCAUCACGAACGGAACCAAGGGCGUGCCCAGAACAUUCACGCUUGCAUCAUAUGCAGCAUCGCAACGCAACAAGCGCAACACCAGCAGCAGCAGCAGCAACAACAACAACACCAACACCAACACCAACAGCACGGAUGGCAGUGCUGGCGACGCAGGCUACAAUGACGAUUACGACUUCGAUGGCGGUGAUGGUUUUGGAGGCCCACCCUUGCCAAUCCCGCCCUCACUGCACAUACCAUCAACAUCAUCGUCGUUGUCGUCGCUAUCACAACCGUCCACCGCCGCCACCAGCCGCCACCAGCUGGGGAAACCGGCAUCGCACUUUGUGUUUGAGCGCGGCACGUCGUACCAGCAGCCCAGCAGAUACCGCAAGCGACGCCGCGCACGCACUUCCAGCAGUCGGCCUGACGAAGAUGGUGGUGGUGGUGGUGGUGGUGGUGGUGGUGGUGGUGGUGGUGGUGAGUUGGAUGACAGCUUUGCGUUGAGCACGGCACGGGCGCAGACGUUCAACACGCAGGAGGCGGAUGCUGCUGCGUUUGUCGGCGUGUACACGCAGGGCAUUCGCGUGUCCUGCCCACUGCAGCGGCGAUUCGAUGCACAAAUACCGCUGCACGCCAUUAAGUUCUGGCACCUGUCGCCCUCAAACAAGAAGGACCUGUGUGUGAUGAUCACACCAGACGUGCAUGCUUGUGACGUGGGGCGUGGUGGCGGCAGCAGAUACCACCACGCAUCUGCACACGCGCAGUGGCACAUGCAGGUUGUGUCUGUGCUUGUGUUUCGGCUGGCAAAGCGGGCGUGGGCGGCGUGUCAGCUGUUGGCGCGGGCACAGCAGGAGGGCCACUUUGGUGUCGCUCUCCCUCCCACGACGACGAUGCCAAAUGAGUUUCUUGCCACGCUGGUUGGUGCAGUGACACACCCGCACAUCACGGAGGCAAACGCACGCGCCGUCGCCCUCGCCGCAGUGCUGCAGGAGUGCACGACGCUCGAGUGUCGGCUGACGCUGCACUCGACCACAGUCACCGUUGCCUCCACCCAAGACGCAUUCCAACGCUACUCAAUCCCAAACACCCGCGUCAGGAUGUGCUUUGUGAUUGGCGGCCGGCGGGACCUGAAACCGCUGCAGCGGCGGCAGCGCAACGGAUGGGACGCACCGCUGCUCGUCGUCGUCUUCCAGCACUACGCAGCCGGGCCACACGCACACGUCGCACUCGUGUUUCGGCGCGAGCGGAUUGACGUGCUAGCAGCUGCCUUCCGACGCGCCACCGCCAUCACCACCAAUGCGUUUGGCAGCGACGACGGUGACGUGAAGGACGCGUUUGCGCCCGUACCAAACACCCGCGCUGCUGCUGUCUCGCAAGCAGCGGCACAGGCCGUGGUUGAACGUGACUGGGUCACCCCUGUCUCCAUCAUCGGGAAGGGCCAGUUUGGGCAGGUGUACCUGGCAGACUACACGGUUGGCGGGCGGGUGGUGCGCUGCGCCGUAAAGAUGUUGAAGGCAACAGCGCCAAAGCAGGACGAGGAGUCGUUCUUGAGGGAGCUUGAGAUUACGCUGCUGCUGGCGCACGACAACAUCGUUGGGUUUAUUGGCAGCGACGUGCGUGUGCAGCCGUGGCUGCUGGUGAUUGAACACGUCCCCCACGGCGACAUGAGGCGCAUCGUCAAGGAUCUCCAUGAAUCAAGCGUUCGGUUGUCCAAUUUGGAAGUCAUGAAGGUUGCGCUUCAGGUUGUGGAAGCGAUGUUGUAUUUGUCGUCGCAGCGUCUGGUGCACAAUGACCUUGCGCUCCGCAAUUGUCUCCUCGACCACGACUCCCACAUCAAGAUUUGCGACUUUGGACUGACGAAGCCGCUGCCGCACGACCGAGACGUGAUCAAAGUGCGGAAUUGGUCUGGCAAGAUGCCUGUCAAGUGGCUGCCCCCAGAGUCGCUGUUUAAGGGCUUGUUCUCCGUUGCCGGCGACGUGUGGAGCUUUGGCGUCGUGUUGUGGGAGCUUUACAGCUAUGGCGCCACGCCCUAUGGUACGGCGAAGGGGAUGGAGCUGCAGAAGCGAAUCAAGGCCGGUCUCCGCCCAGCAAAGCCGUACGCGUGUCCUGACGCCGUGUACCAGCUCUGCCGCCGCUGCUGGCUCGACAGCAGAGCACAGCGGCCGACCUUUGCUGACAUCCGCCGUGCUCUUCGCGAGUUCACCUUGUCCAUCCAUGCGCAGCCGCAGCCGUUCCGCGAUCUUGGCGCAGUGUAUCGUGCGGUGUGCAGGGACAAGGCGAUGGCCGGCACGCGCACACUGUCACGCCGGCACCUGGCAGACGAUCGCGAUCGACAGACGGACACGCACGUUGGCAUCGCUGUGCUCAUGCAGAAUGGGCAGCACACCCACACGGCAUCCACAUGUGCAUCCACACCCAUGACAGCAGCAGCAGCAACAACGGCAGCAGCGCCAGUGCAGCGUUCCACGGCACUCCAGCGCGAUGGCGGCGGUGGUGACGGGUGCGCGCGGGAGAUGUCGACGACGUGGACGAAUGGCAGCGACGACGCAUUCCAUGAUGUUCGCGUGAAGGACAGCGCCUCGCCACCGCCACCGCACCACACACGACAGCAACAACAACAACAGCAGCAGCAGCAGGUACCGCGGCGCCCGCUACGGGUGCAAGGCAGUCGCAGUGCACCCUCACCAUCACACCCACGCCGCCCACAGCAACAAGACGAUGGUACAAGUGGACGGGUUCACCGGCAGCGCAUCGUUGUUGCGUCGACGUCCACAGAGCCGUCGUCAUCACCACGUGUAACCACACCGCAAUCACCAGCGCCAGCCACGACGCCACCACCGCUGUCACGCUUGCCUGCUGGCGUGGCAUCCCAAGGGCAAAGAGGAGGUGACGGCAACACCAGCCUUGACUUUGGCUCCUCCCUCAUGGCUGAGCUGCGGGCCACGACCAGCAGCAGGCACACAGAUGGUGAUGGCGAUGAUGAUGAUGACGCAGCUGAGGUGAUAGCGCGCAUGGUGAGCAAGGGCGAUCACGACGAGUCAUCAUGCUGAUGGUGUGUAUGUGGGAAUGGGUGUGUCAUGGCGUGUGAGCUUUUGUGUGUGUGUGUGUGUGUGUGUGUGUGUGUGUG